UCCCGCUUGUUGUGAGGAAGCUUUGGGGUCUUCGUGAGCCUGCGGGGCCGAUUUCUGGGGUCCAGGCUUCGGGCAGGUUGCUGCUGCAGCCAUGGCGGCCUCCACCGCGGCUGGGAAGCAGAGGAUUCCCAAAGUGGCCAAGGUGAAAAACAAAGCCCCGGCUGAGGUACAGAUAACUGCAGAACAACUCUUGAGGGAAGCUAAAGAGAGAGAACUUGAGCUUCUCCCUCCUCCGCCUCAACAGAAGAUCACAGAUGAAGAAGAGUUAAAUGAUUACAAACUAAGGAAAAGGAAGACUUUUGAAGAUAACAUAAGGAAAAACAGGACAGUAAUUAGUAACUGGAUAAAAUACGCACAAUGGGAAGAGAGUCUAAAAGAGAUUCAAAGGGCUCGAUCCAUAUAUGAACGUGCUUUAGAUGUGGACUAUCGAAAUAUUACACUCUGGCUGAAAUAUGCCGAAAUGGAAAUGAAGAAUCGUCAGGUCAACCAUGCCCGAAAUAUCUGGGACCGGGCCAUAACAACUCUGCCUCGGGUCAACCAGUUCUGGUACAAGUACACGUACAUGGAGGAGAUGUUGGGAAACAUUGCUGGCGCCCGGCAGGUGUUUGAGCGCUGGAUGGAAUGGCAGCCUGAGGAGCAAGCCUGGCACUCCUACAUCAACUUUGAGCUGCGAUACAAGGAGGUGGAUCGGGCCCGCACCAUUUAUGAACGCUUUGUUCUCGUGCAUCCUGAUGUGAAGAACUGGAUCAAAUAUGCCCGCUUUGAAGAAAAACAUGGUUAUUUUGCCCAUGCACGGAAAGUGUACGAGAGAGCUGUCGAAUUCUUUGGAGAUGAACAUAUGGAUGAACACCUUUAUGUUGCCUUUGCCAAAUUUGAAGAAAAUCAAAAAGAAUUUGAAAGGGUACGAGUGAUCUACAAGUAUGCCCUGGAUAGAAUUUCAAAACAGGAGGCCCAAGAACUCUUUAAAAAUUAUACCAUCUUUGAGAAGAAGUUUGGUGAUAGGCGGGGCAUUGAAGACAUCAUCGUGAGCAAACGGAGAUUCCAGUAUGAAGAAGAAGUGAAGGCUAAUCCACACAAUUAUGACGCAUGGUUUGAUUACUUGCGUUUGGUGGAAAGUGAUGCAGAAGCAGAAACAGUGCGAGAAGUCUAUGAAAGAGCCAUUGCCAAUGUCCCACCCAUUCAGGAGAAGAGGCACUGGAAGCGCUACAUCUAUCUGUGGGUCAACUAUGCACUCUAUGAAGAACUGGAGGCAAAGGAUCCUGAGAGGACAAGACAGGUGUAUCAAGCCUCUUUGGAACUAAUUCCUCAUAAAAAGUUCACAUUUGCCAAAAUGUGGUUACUAUAUGCACAAUUUGAAAUAAGACAGAAAAAUUUACCAUUUGCCAGAAGAGCUUUGGGAACUUCCAUAGGCAAAUGUCCAAAGAACAAGUUAUUUAAAGGUUACAUCGAAUUGGAGCUACAGCUUCGAGAAUUUGACAGAUGCCGGAAGCUUUAUGAAAAGUUCCUGGAAUUUGGACCUGAAAAUUGUACUUCUUGGAUUAAAUUUGCGGAAUUAGAGACAAUCCUUGGUGACAUUGAGAGAGCCCGGGCAAUCUAUGAAUUAGCCAUCAGUCAGCCACGCUUGGACAUGCCAGAGGUGCUUUGGAAAUCAUAUAUUGAUUUUGAAAUUGAGCAGGAAGAAACCGAAAGAACACGAAAUCUUUACCGACGAUUGCUUCAACGGACACAACAUGUCAAGGUGUGGAUCAGUUUUGCUCAGUUUGAGUUGUCUUCAGGGAAAGAAGGAAGUUUGGCUAAAUGCAGACAAAUUUAUGAAGAGGCUAACAAAACCAUGCGAAACUGUGAAGAAAAGGAAGAGAGACUUAUGCUGCUGGAAUCUUGGCGAAACUUUGAAGAUGAAUUUGGAACAGUAUCAGAUAAGGAGAGAGUGGACAAACUCAUGCCAGAGAAAGUCAAGAAGAGAAGAAAGGUCCAGGCUGAUGAUGGGUCUGAUGCAGGCUGGGAAGAAUACUAUGAUUACAUCUUUCCGGAAGAUGCUGCCAACCAACCCAACCUCAAGCUCCUGGCCAUGGCCAAACUCUGGAAGAAACAGCAACAGGAAAAAGAGGCUGCCGAGCAAGACCCAGAUAAGGACAUCGACGAGAGUGGAUCCUGACCUUCUUGUUCACAUGGAUACAUGUCUUACUAUUUUUAUAAAUUAAUAGUUUGGAACUCUUUUGACUCCUGUAAGUUUUUGUAUAUUCCACGAAGAACGAAUGGAUUGGACUCUUUGAUAGCUACUUUUUGAAUUAUUUUUAAAAUGCACUUGGGUUAGUUAAGGAUGGGGGCUUGGAAGUAAAGGAAUUUUUUUAACUGCUGGA